UAUGUGACAGUUUAGUCACGGCCACGGUAACUAACGAAUAUCGUUCAGACGGUCGUUGUACAACUAAAUAAAUUCGAAACAGUUAGUGUUUAUCGUUAUAGCCCAUUGUCGUCUGGCAAUAAGAAAUAUUUUGUUUAAAAUAAUAUUAAGAAAUUCAUUAAUGAUGCGUCGAAUAAAUGGUACGUGCCCAUUUUUGAUAAACACAACAAAGGUGAUAAUUGUCUGCUAUUGAAAUCAACAGACGAUCGCAACAAUAACACUGUUGCUGAAUUACAAAAAGCAUUAUUUCCACCAGUAACACCAAAUCGUAGUUCGACAGUAAUUAGUGAAGGCGGUGGUCAUGGUGUCGUUAGUGUUAUAACAAAAUGUAAUCAAGAUCGUAUAACAUCUGUCAGUAUGUAUCAAGAGCGUUUAAGAAAUGAGGAAGAAAAACAUCGAUUAUUUUCAACUGGUGUACCACCACAACCAGCACGAUGGCCAAUUGAAUGUCAGGUUUUAGAAAAUAGAGUUAAUCAUAUCGAAUAUAUUCCACCAACUCCAGAACCAUAUUAUGAAUCUACGGACGUAGAACCCCAGCCACAACCUGUGGGUUCUGAUAUUGGAACAGUGGUUUUUGAAUAUCAUCCUGUUAGUCCUGUGAGUUAUUUCACAAGAUCAGCAGUAGGAGGUUCUGUAGCACCAUUACAAGAUAGAGAUUUUGACGGUUUACAAUUCGAGUCAAGAUUUGAAUCAGGUAAUCUUGGUAAAGCAGUCUGUAUUACAAGCACAUACUAUGAAUUGUAUAUUCGAUCCGAUUUGUACACAAACAAGCAUCAUCAAUGGUUUUAUUUUCGUAUUUCAAACAUGCGCCGUCAUAAUAUUUAUAGAAUUUCCAUAGUAAAUUUCGCCAAACCAGAUAGUUUAUACAAUGAAGGAAUGAAACCACUUAUGUAUUCAACAAAAGAUGCACAAUUACAUUCAAUUGGAUGGAGACGUUGUGGAAAGAAUAUAUCGUAUUUUGCCAAUGAAAAUUCGUUAGUUCCUAUCACUUUGGAUGGCGACACUGAAUAUCAACCGACCACAUACACUCUUACGUUCACACUAGAAUUUCCUCACGACAAAGAUGAAGUAUACAUCGCAAGUUGUUACCCUUACACAUAUUCUGAACUCCAAGAUUAUCUUUUUCGUAUUUCAACACAUCCAAUCAAAUCAAAGUAUAGUAGUUUACGAUUAUUAUGUCGUACUUUAGCUGGUAAUAAUGUAUAUUACUUAACAAUUACAUCGCCAAGUCCACAACCGUUAGCGACAAUAAGUAAUAACAACAAUAAUAAUAAUAAUAUAAAUAAUAGUAAUAAUAAUAAUAAGGAUAAAACAAACAGUCCUCCCAAAAAACGUGCUAUUGUAUUAUCAGCACGUGUUCAUCCAGGUGAAACACCAGCAUCGUGGAUGAUGAAAGGGAUGAUUGAUUUUCUAACUGGUGACAGCGCUCCAGCACGUGAACUACGUGAAAAGUUUAUUUUCAAAUUGAUACCAAUGUUAAAUCCAGACGGUGUUAUUGUUGGGAACAAUCGUUGUUCGUUAACUGGGCGAGAUUUAAAUCGGCAAUAUCGUACUGUGAUACGUGAAACAUAUCCAUCGGUAUGGCAUACAAAGUUAAUGGUACGCCGUUUACUGGAGGAUUGUGGUGUAGCAAUGUAUUGUGAUUUACAUGCACACUCACGCAAGCAUAAUAUUUUUAUUUAUGGUUGUGAAAGUCGACGUAAUUCUGAGAAACGUUUACAAGAACAAGUAUUUCCAUUAAUGUUACAUAAAAAUUCAGCAGAUAAGUUUUCAUUUGAAGAUUGUAAAUUCCGAAUACAACGGGCAAAAGAAGGUACAGGCCGUGUUGUAAUAUGGUUACUUGGAGUAUGUAAUAGUUAUACAUUAGAAGCCUCAUUUGGUGGCUCAAAGCUAGCUGGACGUGCAGCCACACAUUUCACUCCUAAUGAUUAUGAAUCCGUAGGAAAAUCUUUCUGUGAAACAUUGUUAGAUUUUAGUGAUGAACAUCCCAGCAAGGAAAGGUUAAGAACAAAAAUAUUGACAAGGCUUUUGAAAACUGGAUCUAGUGCUGAUGAACCGACAAAUAUCGUUCUUAGUGAUUAUUCCAGUGACGAUGGGGACACAUCGAGUGAAGAUUCGCAAGAUCGUUUAAUCACAAUGAAUGGGAAUGAUAUAUCAAUGCCAGUACCACCCGCUAGUCCACAAAAGAAGCAUCGUCGAACACUCAAGAAAAAAGACAAUAAAUUAAUUCGAAGUCCAAAUAACACACGUGUUAUAUUACCGGUAUAUCGACAGACGCUGGAUUGGCCAACGACUGAUCCUGGUAGCGAUUAUUAUGAUUCAGCUGAUGAACGUUUAGGUGUAAAACCAAAGAAACCAGGACGUAUACGAACCAGAUAUGGUGAUGUAACACGUAGUGCCUUCGAAAAUAUGCCACCUGAAUUAAUGGUACUUAGUAAUACUAAUGGUGGAUCUCGUGGUAGAAUGUCACGUCCACGUAGCCAAUCAGUGAUAGUUGUUCAAGAUAAACCAGCUGAAAAUUGGCAUAGAUUACGAAGUUUGCCACCACCUAGACAACGACAAAGGCAUCCACCUGAAAUUCAAGAAAGGCUUACACAAUUAAGACAGCAAAUAUGGAGUGGUAUAGGAUUUUCUCCAGAAGGACCUCUUUCCUGGGGAAUAUCUGUUAUGGCCGCUACAGCUUAUCAAAAUGAAUGUGAAGCAUUAUUGCGAUCAUGCUCUCAGAAACUAUUACUUAUUGGAAAAGAUGGAAAUGGUAAAAAAGAUAAGAUUAAGAAAAAGAAAAUAAUAAAAACUGAAGAAAGGCCCAGUUCCAAAGUAAUGAACAAAACAAUAAAGAAAAAACCAUUAUUGAAGCCUAGAGGGUCGGAUUUAAAAAUAAGUGAACCAAGUACGAAAAUUGAAAAUAAAUCAACAAAAUUUAAGAAAUUAUCGAAAGAUAAAACAUUUAUACGAAAUCAAAUUGUACUCAUGGAUAAGAUAUUUGUGGAUGAGACAAAUCAACAACCAAAGACAGUCAAUAAGAAGAAAAAACGCAGAAAAAAACUAUUCGCUAAUGAUGAUGAAUAAACAAUAUAAUUUUGUCAUUGUGACUUGUUACGAAUAUUGUCCUAAAUGUGUGUAACUGUAAUUAAUACUGCCAUUCUGCUCAAUAAAUGUUUUCUUCACA